AUGAUUCUAUCCUCUUCACUCCUCGCGCUCAGCGCCCGUCUUCCACAGGCACUCUUCACACCAUGGGAUUCUCUGGCCUUCCCCGAAGAAAAUAUGCGCAACAAGAGAAGCACGGAGGACGUAAAUCCUACCUCUACUACGCUGAGCGUCGGAAGCUGCACCUCGAAAGCGGGCCAACACUGCCCGAGUAUGCAUCUAUCUAACACAAACAUCUCAGCAGCCUCGGUCAGGGGGAAAUGGAGUCGGUUCUGCUCCCAAGCUUGCCAGGACCCAGAUACCCUUCUUAAGAAUCUUACAGCUCCAGAUGUUAAAUCCUGGUUUGACUGGAUUAAGGAAAACUUCUCGGGCUCUAUCAAAGCCCACAGUGCACUUGCAAACUAUUAG